AAAUAUCGACUGUGUCCUAAGUAUUGUCGGCCUGUGUUUUAACUCACGAGGUUUUUUGUGUUUUAUUUCCAAUUUAUAUUUUUUGGUGUGAGACAACACCGCCAUGUGGCGUCUCUGUUGAAAAGUUAACCUAAAAUCAUAUUAGGCCUACUCAGGUCCUAACAAUAACAAUAUAGGCACUUUCAAGUAUUUUUAUGGGUGUGAUACACGUUUGUUUAUAACGAUGUUUAUAAACUUUAUGAUAGGUUUAACUAUAACAUAAGGGAGUGAUUUUAUAAUUUGCAUUUAAUUAGUUUUUCAUCUGUUUGGGAGAUCACAAAAUAAAUAAAAAAACACUUCAUUAAUUUCGUGGACAAAGUCUGUCAUGUUUCCAUUUAGUGACCACAAAGCAAAUAUUUGUGACAAAAUGCCAUAUUUGGAACACUGCCUAACUGCGUAUUGUGAACGGGUCCCCGGAAAAGUGUUAUGACAAAUGUUUUUUUUUUUUGGUUAGGUACUACAAGAAAGACAUUGAAGAAGUUUCAACACCAGGAAAAAAGAGGAAAAAAAGGCCACAGGAAGGAAAGUCACUUGACACAGUCGACGAUUUCACAGUAAAUGCAAUCAGGAAUGCAAUUUACAGGAUGUACGCUGAAGGUUUGAAUGUUACAGUCGACACCAUUUUGAAAGAAAUCAGGGAAAGACAAAUAGAUUAUUAUGGUGGAAGAUCAAGUCUUCAUAAAUUGUUAAAGAAGAUGGGAUUUUCAUGGACAACUGUUGAUGGACGAAAAGCUUUGAUAGAGAAUGAAAACAUAGUAUUGAAGCGAAUAGAUUUCUUGAGAAAGUAUAAAGAAGAAAAAGAAAGAGGUGCCAAUUUCAUAUUUGUUGAUGAAACAUGGAUUUUCCAGAGAGGCAAGGCAUUAAUUUAUUUGAAAAUUUGUUCUGUGGUCCAAUACAAAGUAUUUCAUUUCCAUUUCAUAUAUUUUUCAGGAACUGUAUCAAAGUCAUGGCAGGACAAGAGUCUACAAUCUGCGAAGAGACGUACUGUUGGAGAUGGUAAAAGGUUUAUUGUUGUUAAUGCUGGAGGGCGCACUGGCUUUGUGCCAGGAGCAGGAUUACUUUUUGUUUCAGGUCAGAAGACUGCAGACUACCAUGGCGAGAUGAAUGGGGAAACUUUCUUGAUGUGGUUUGAAGACAUGUUGGUGCAUCUGGAGGAACCCAGUGUCAUUAUAAUGGACAAUGCUUCAUAUCACAGCACCCAGGUUGAGAAAACACCUACAACGAACUGGACCAAGGAUGCACUGAUCGCGUGGCUGGAGAAGAAUGAGAUAAAACAUGAAAAUAAUUUGUUGAAAGUGGAGCUGCUGAGAAUAGCUAAACAAAACAAGCCCCGAAUACGAUGGGCGAGGUGUGUGGAUCACGUGGAGAAGCUAAUUCAAGCAGACUGGGAGAGAGAAGUCCACAUAGACAGCGGCACCAUUCCUCCACUCAUCAUCCACCUCGGCGAGGAUAGUUCAAGUGAAGACAGUGACAGCGAAGAAUUUGAGGUUACGACACAGCAAGUAGAUGGAGACAGUGAAGUACUGGCAGUUCCUCUUGAUGAUUUACCCGGGUGUUCUUAUUGAGGUCUGUAUGUAAUAAACACCUGGGCAACUGUAAGUAUUGGGGUUUGAAACAUUUUUUUUUCUUUUAUGCAUUCCCAUUAAGUAUGUUGAUUACUGGAACUUUAUGUAUUAACUUUAUAUUACACAUAUUAUAAAAUUAAUAAUAAAUUUCAUUUCUGGAUUCGUAUAGGUGUAUGUGAAACAUUUUAUUUUGUUGUGUCUCUUCAUUUUUCAGUGAACUUACUUGGAAAACAAAAAGCCAGUCCCCAUCCAGGGCCACAAAUAAAUAAUGCAUAUAAGUGGUAUAGAAAUUACUGUCAAUUCUUUACCACAAUUUUACUGUUCAUAAAAUUAUGAUUUUGUCUAAUAAGUAUACUCAGGAAAAUGUAUAUAACCAUAUUUUUAUUUGUGGCCUUAACCGGCAAAAUGGUAGGGGUUUAUUAAAUAAAAGAAGAAAAUUCAUUUUUAAAUGUUUUCAUCUGAAUUUGUUAAUUUUAUUAAACCUUCAAUCCUUAGUCUUUUCCAGAUUGCUUAGAUGGACAGCCAUAUGUAUAAUUUACAAUACUUUUUUUUUCAGAUGCAGAAAACUGUGUUGAACUGUACUA